AUUAAAAUCAAUGUUUAAUAAACUGUAAAAUUAACUUUUAUUACGAAAAUAAAAGUGACUAUUAUACCAAAGUAGCAUUAUGUCACAACGGCAACUUGCAUUUAUUUUAUGUAUUUGCAUAAAUAUUGCCAAGUUAUCUUGUGUUCCCGCACAAACUUGCAAAUCGAUUGAUAAUGUUAAUGCCAACAAUAAUUAUAUACUGCCCGCUUAUGCUAUUGCUUCGUUAGCUUCACAACUUCCUAAUUCGACGUUAUGCGAAAAGGAAUUGCAAAGCUUCCGAGAUGCUGUUGAUGAACGGAUAUUCUGGAGUUUGAAAGUAUUGGAUUCUAGCGGCACAUUUCAGUCAGGUUUCCUUUUUGGAAAUAAUUUUUGGCUGGGCAGUCGUAUCCAAUGUGUCGAUGCAAUGAAUAAUAUUCCUCUGCAGAUCUCACAACGGCAUUCAUUAAACAAAACAUUAUACCAUAAUUCACAAAUGGAAAUUCCACCUUUUUCCGAUUCUUGUUCUCCACACAUAAUAAAAAUUGUUUUUCUGUAUGCAGACAAUAAAGUAUGGACAAGUAAAGUCACCUCUAAUUUCAUCUUUCAAAUAGUAACCAAUGCAAGCUUAUCGGUCGAUACUUUUUUUUUUUUGAGUGGAUUCUUGAUGUCCUAUUUUUAUCUAAAGGAUAAAAUGGAUAAAAAUCGAAUGCAACCGCUUACUUUCAGAGCAAAGCUAAAUGAAUUCCUCAUCAUGGUAAUAAGACGAUUUAUCCGACUGACUCCGGCUUACGUAAUGACAUUAUUGAUAUCGCAAUUAAGCUCAACCUGGCUCGACAAAAUUUCACCGUUUUAUUUAUAUGAAAGACCGCAUGAGAAUUGUCCGAAAUAUUGGUGGAAAAAUCUUUUGUAUAUAAAUAAUUUUUCCCCUAUUAAAAACAUGUGUAUGAGUUGGAGUUGGUAUUUAUCCGCCGAUAUGCAAUUUUUUAUAAUUGGUCUAGCGCUGUUAAUUUUGUCAACAACAUAUUUUGUCAUAGCUGUCGUUAUAUUGGUUUCACUUUUAAUCGGCUCGAUUAUUUUCACCGGUUAUCUUUCAUACAUCUACGAAUUUAUUCCGACAUUUGAUGAACAGCAAAGACUUGCAGAUGUGUUAUAUUUUCCAUCAUGGGUUAGAAUAAGCCCAUAUAUUAUUGGAAUUAUAAUAGGCUACAUUUCAAUACGAUUAAACGGAAAGUUUGUUUUGAAACGGAGAACUGUAAUAUUAUGUUGGUGCCUUGGUAGUGCUUGUAACCUUAGCAUGUUAUUUGGCAUUUACAAGCGACAGGUACCCAUUCUAUAUUCCACUUUUUAUAUCGCAUUCCACAGAGGCAUUUGGGCCAUUGGUAUAGCAUGGAUUGUAAUAGCAUGUCUUACGCAACACGGUGGUAUCAUUAACGAUAUUUUAUCAUUCAAAGGCUGGGUUCCUUUCAGUAGAUUGUCGUAUUGCGCUUAUCUUAUAAAUCCUUUCAUCAUACACUUUUUUCACCUGCAAACUGAAAGAUCUGUCCAUUUUGAACUCAUAUCCAUGAUUGUCACGUCCAUAGGAUUUUUGGGAAUCAUUUAUUUCUGUUCCUAUAUAUUAUCCUUACUCGCAGAAACACCGUAUUCUUUAUUACUGAGAAAAAUUAUGCAAACUCGCAAUAGACUAAAGUACAAGUGGCGUAACAGUGAGAAAUUAUAAUUUCG